AAUAAUGUCAAAUGAUUUGUAAAUGUAAACUAGUUUAUGAGUCUGAAGAGGUGGCUAUCUGCAAAAUGUCUCUUUCGUUUUCUUCAUAACUAUGUAAAGCUAGAUAUCUAGCAGUUUCCACUUAAAUUCAAAUCAUCAUAAAGUUAGCUGGCUUGCUGAAUUCGCACGUGGGAACAUGGCAGACAAUGACCGCAAUUUAGUAAACUUUGAUGUCUCGGCGGAUGAAGAUUUAACAGACACUGGCAGCUACACAGAUGAUGGAGAUUCGUCAUCCUGGGAAGAAUUUGCAGAUUACGUGCGUAGUGGGCCAAUCCAGCCAUACUUGUUCGAACCAAUGGUCGGCGAUACAUCGCCACCGAGAAGAGAUUACGACACCGACGAGACCGAGGAAGAAGAACACGAGGAACGGGCACCAGUCACAGACCCACCAAGGGUGAACGUAACCAUGGAGGAACCUGGUGCUGAUAUAGAGGUGACUGUCAAAACUUUGGACUCCCAGAGCCGAAGUUACACUGUAGGCGGCCAGUUGACAGUGAAAGAGUUCAAGGAGCACAUUGCCACUUCAGUUGGGAUUCCUGUGGACAAACAGAGGCUGAUCUACCAGGGCCGAGUCUUGCAGGAUGAGAGGACACUGACAGAGUACAACGUCGGUGGAAAAGUCAUCCACCUGGUGGAGCGGGCCCCCCCUCAGCCCUCCCAGCCAGGCUCGGGGUCAGGGGUAGCGGAGGCCGGAGCGACGCCCUCCUCUACCACCUCCCAGGGAACGUCCCAAGUGCCCCCACAGGACCGCAACGCCAACAGCUAUGUCAUGCUGGGGACCUUCAACCUCCCGGUUAACGUCAUGGACCCUCAGCAGAUCCAGAUGUCAGUCCAGCAAAUGAUGUCAGGCUUGGGAGAGAAUGCAAGGAACGCCAGAGUCAGCACCAGCACCGGGAGCAAUGGUUCCAUGAAUGUGCACAUUGAUAUGGACCAAUCGGUUCAGAGUGAGCCCAGGCUGAGACUGCUAUUGGCUGAGAACUUGCUGAGGGACACCAAUGCUCUCAUCGAGAGGAUGGAGGGUCAACCAAGCGGCACCUCAGCCCAACCAGAUUCUGCUGCUGCAGCACCUCCUCCCUCUUCCUCCUCCACUCCCUCUCCCUCCACCCAGCCCAUGGACACGUCUCCACCUCCAUCUACUACCCCUCCAUCCUUCUCUUCCUCCACUCAAACAGAGGGAGCCGCCCAAGCUGGACCCAAUCACCCCAGCCCAGCAGAGCUGGUGGAGAUGCUUUCAGAGCUGAGGAGGGUGGAGGAGAGACUUCAGCCAUUCGUCCAGAGAACACACACUAUCCUAGAGUCUGCUACCACCGCAGAAUACGCCAACGCCGAAAGAGAGGAGGACCAGCGGAUUCUCAACCUGGUGGGCGAGGCCCUCCGUCUCCUGGGCAAUGCCCUGGUUGCCCUUAGUGACCUGCGCUGCAACCUGCUGAGCCCCACCCCACGCCACCUACACGUGAUCCGGCCAAUGUCUCACUACACCUCUCCAGUGUCCAUGCCUGGAGCCGUGCACCAUCACAUCCCGCUACAUAUGAACCUGGGAGCCACGGUCACGAUGGCAUCCAAUGGCAGACCAGCUACAGAGGAACAGGCCCAGCCCAGUCAGGCCGCCGGCCAAUCGGACCAGCCAGGUCAGGGACAGACUUCCCCUUCACAGCCUCCUCCGUCCAAUCAGCAGGCUGGACAGGGACAGCCCGGCCCCCGGGUCAUCAGGAUCAGCCACCAGACAAUGCCGGUGGUCAUGAUGCAGAUGAACACGGACGACUCUGGUGUUCCUCAGGCAGCUGGACAGCCCAACGCUGCAGGAAUGGGGCAGCCAGGCUUCCAAAUGCCUUCCGGUGUUCAGAUGAACCCAGACUUCAUGCAGUCCAUCAUGCAACAGAUCGCCCAGUACACAGAGGCUGUGGCUGCUGCCACCGGGGGCACCAUCCCUGGCCAAACCCUCCAGCCUACCCCCCCAGGCUCUACCGCUACCUUUUCCACCACCACCACUGGCCCUAACACCCCCACCACCACCACUGGCCCUAACACCCCUGCCACCACCCCCACGGCCCCCCCCCCGCCUUCUCCUGGGGCACCCCAGGCCAGGGUGGUGUUUACUCGGCCCACCUUUGCCCCCAGGGUCCCUCCACCCGCCUUUGGCACGCGGGGGGCCACCAUCAACCUUAGAGCUAGCGUGCCCCCCAUGAUGGGUCAGCAACCAGGACAGCCCUUCCCUCCUGCUGCCCUCAAUCAGAUGAUCAGUGGACUGGUGGGACAACUCCUAAUGCCUGGACAGAUGGCUGGUCAAACAGCCGCCACCUCUGCUUCUCAUACCUUCUCCUCAGCUUCUCAUACCUUCUCCUCAUCCUCCUCCAACUCUUCUUCUUCCUCCUCUGGCCCUAUCCCCACCUCUGCUCCUGCUCCUAGCACGACUGUUCCCCCAGGCCAGUCCGGAGCUAUCCCCACCAUGCCCCAGGGAGCUCCCCCUGACCUGGCACAGCUCCUGGGCUCUCUCCUGGGGACAGCGGGGACAGUUCCUGGGGCCAUGGGACCCUCCAUCACUGUGACCAUGCCUGGAGUGCCUGCCUUCGUCCAGGGAGUGUCUGACUUCAUGCAGGCCUCCGGACCAGUCUUCCCACCACCCCCCAACGGUGCCCAACAGCCCCUUGCCUCUGGCACCCCCACCCCUCCACCCGGGACCACCCCUAACCCUCCCACGGGGGACGGUGCCGGGGCCCAGGGAGAGGCCCUGAAUCCGGAGUUGUUCACUGGGAUUGUACAGGGGGUCCUGUCCACCAUGAUGGGCUCCCUGGGCUCUCCUCAGAGCAACACUGAGAGCAUCGCCCAGUUCAUCCAGAGGCUCUCUGAGACCAGCAACAUCUUCACACCCGGCACAGGGGACGCCAUGGGUUUCUUUGGAGAUCUACUGACCCUAGUGUGUCAGAACUUCUCCAUGGUGGACCUGGUCUUGCUGCUCCACGGACAGAACCAGCCCCUGGGCCGCAUCCAGACCCAGCUGUCUCAGUUCUUCACCCAGCAUUACCUCAACGGGAGCGAGCCCACCGACCACAAUGUCGCUGCUGCUGCUGAUGGUCUCAUCAAUGAACUUGAGGAGUACAUUACAGAGAGCUUUUCUUCAGUGGCAGUGUUGGAGGGUGUCAACGUCACUCAGACCAACCUGUCCUUCUUCAGGCGGCAGUUAACGCGUAUCGCCACACACAUACUCCGCUGCACAGACAACACGUUUGGGCCGCAGCUGCUGCAGAUGUGCAACCAGGGGCUGUUUGAGUGUCUGGCCCUCAACCUGUACUGUCUGAGAGGAGAGCAGAGUGCCCUCACUUCUGUCAUCAACCACCGCAUAAGGACGUUGUCGACUGACAUGAACCCCAGCCUGGUGAACUGGCUGACCAGUAUGAUGACCAUGAGGCUGCAGGUCAUCCUGGAGCACAUCCCCGUCACAGAGGAUCAGAUACUGCAUUAUGCUGUCCACACACAGCAGGGGGAGGCUUCUAAUGCACAGGAGCCUCAACGUGCCCAGAUCAUAGAGAUGGAAGACACUCACUCCCCAGCCCCGGCCACCACAGCUGAGGAAGCCAUGGCGUCGUCACAGGAGACUAGGGCAGAGCCUAGGGAAACUGGAGCCACCGGAGGGGCUGCACCAUUGGGUGGCGCCAUGGCAGCAGCUGAAGCCAGCGGGAGGGAGGAGCCUGGUAGAGAGCCCGAGGCCUGGGCUGCUGCCGUCCCUGCUGAGUGGGUACCCAUCAUCAGACAUGACCUGAUCACUCAGAGGAAGAUGAAGGCCCAGCCUCCCAUGUCUGACGCCUAUUUACAUGGGAUGCCUGCCAAACGCAGGAAGACAGGACAGGGGGACGGCGCUCUUCUCUCCCUCUCCGACGCAGUGAGCAGGGCUGCAAGGACGGCCGAAGUCAGGCCAGUCACUUCCCCAGACCACCUGCAGGAGGAGCUUGACAGCCCUGAGCUCCAGGAGGCAUAUGCAGAGCAGGUGAAGAAAGACAUAAAGAAGCGAGUGAGAGAGGACCCGGACUUCAGCUCUCAGCAGUUCCCCAACACACACAGAGCUUUUUCAUCAGACUCAUAACCUAACCACAACUUGUUUUGCAACCUGAUGAAAUUUUACACAUAACCAACCUGUACACAUCCUCACCAUCCUUUACUUUUGGAUUGCUCAGUAUCACAACUGAAUGCAGUUAAGCCAAAAUCUAAUUUAUUUAUAAAGCCCUUCUUACAUCAGCGGAUAUCUCAGUGCUGUACAGAAACCCAGCCUAAAACACCAAACAGCAAGCAAUGCAGGUGUAGAAGCAUGGUGGCUAGGGAAAAACUCCCUAGAAAAAGGCCAGAACCUAGGAAAAUCAGGUGCCUACCAAUUUUUUGUUGUUGUACCAGACACAUCUCCUUUUGACUAAAUUACUGACUGAUUUGUUUUUCCAGUGCCUAUUUUCUUCCCCGCCCUCCUGGUGAUGGAACACACCUGAUUUGACAAGUUUGUCCUUAUUUUAUGGAUGACUUACAUUUGACCUUAUAUCUGCAAUGCUGUUUUGUUUAGUGUUAUCAUGUUAAUAUUAUCCUGCCUAUAUAUCUUACCUGUUGUGUUUUUCAUUAGCUUCCCUGAAAAUAAAAAUGGCUUAUUUCAAGA